AUGCCGUCCAUACUUAGCGAAGAAGAUAAGGAGACUGUCAGACGAGUAGUGCCAAAACAUACAAACAAGAUACAGGCCGUAGCUGUCGCGAGGUUAUAUGUCGCUUACCCAAAUCCUUCAAAAUGGACGUACACCGGCCUACAAGGGGCUAUCGUGCUCUCCAACGAUCUGGUAGGAAAUACGUAUUGGUUAAAGCUCGUCGACGUAUCUCCUACAGCUCGAGGUGUGAUAUGGGACCAAGAAAUAUUUGACACUUGGUCUUAUAACCAGGAUCGAACCUUCUUCCACUCCUUCGAGCUCGAGGACUGUUUAGCCGGUUUAUCUUUUGUCGAUGAAAAGGAGGCUAAACAAUUUAAGAAGAAGAUGGACGAGCGGGAAAAGAAUGCGUCUAAAGCCACGAAAAAUACUCCUUUCGGCGGAUCAUCACAGCAACCUGUCAAGCAAGGGUUCUUUGGGAGCAUCUUUGGAGGACAUAGACAUUCCUCGGCACCCACGCCGCCCGAUUCACCUCGCAGCAGUCUCCCACCUUCGCUUCCCGAUGCUAGAACAUCUGUGACAAACGUUAACGGGUUCCAAAAACCGCCGUCAAAAUUCGCUAAGCUAGAGGCAUAUGAUCCGAACUGGCGAGACAAUUUUGGGAAUUUCCUCUCAGAGCAAGGGCUUACCGACGAAUUCAUAAGAGAGAACCAGGAUUUCAUUGUCGAGUUCUUGAAGGAGCAGGGUGGUGGGAUAUCUCACAAUGGAAUGCCAGUUGCGACAGCACCUCCACCGCCGCCCCCUCCACCUCCGUCAGGUAGCAGCUCAUCACUCAAUGGUAAUAGCCAUAGUCACGGUCAUGGUCGAGCGCCCCCUCCUCCUCCGCCUCCACCAUCGGGAGGUCCACGUUCAACGUCGGAAAGCUUAACAUCAUCGGGCUCCCGCCGUGGUGUUCCUCCACCUCCACCUGCACCUCGCAGGUCUGGCAAGAUGGAACUCGUUCACCGAGAGCCGACACCGCCGCAAGAGCCAAUCCCUCCACGACCGCGAUUUAAUGCGCCUCCUCCCCUGCCCGAUGCUGGCAAAUACGCCCAUAAUGAACCCGCACCUCGAGCUCCUCCUGGACCGGCACCUCCUCCCAGACCGCCUAAGACGCCAAUGGAAGAACAGGAGGAGAAGCCUUCGGGGCACAAAUUUGGGGUGCCUCCCGCUUUUACUGGCCAAAGAGCUCCACCACCACCGGCUAGGGGUCCGGUGCCUCCUCCACCUCCGCGAGAACAGCCUCAAGCAACACCACCUCCGCCGCCGCCAAGUCUACCGCCGAAGUUGCCCACCGCAAGCCCACCACCGCCGGCACCGAUGGCACCUCCCCCGCCUCCUGCCUCUACUCGGCCUACUCCCCCACCUCCUGCGCCUGCUCCUCCGCCUCCCGCGCGGAGUCCACUUUUGCCACCACUUCCGGCGCCGAGUGCGCCAGCUCCGCCUCCAUUGCCUCAAUCAUCGGCACCACCACCACCUCCCCCCUUACCCGGAGCUGGGGCUCCUCCUCCACCCCCUCCUCCACCACCACCGCCAGGACCAGCGGGAAUUCCAGCUCCUCCUCCACCUCCCCCACCAGGUGCAGGUAUCCCGGCAGCCCCCCCACCACCGCCUCCGAACCGCGAUUCGGGCUACUCCUCUGGUGUACCAGCUCCUGCCGCGCCAGCAGCAGACUCUACUCGCUCCGCCGUGUUGGACAGCAUCCAGAAGGCCGGUGGAAUUGGGUCGCUCAAGAAGGUGGAUAGGAGUCAGAUUAGAGACAGAAGUGCGGCUACGGUCGGGGGCGGAUCAGACACAGGACCGCACGGUAGCGGACUGCCGCCUGCUGGUAUUGCUCCCGGAGGCGGUGGUGGUAUGGCCGAUGCAUUGGCUGCGGCGUUACAGAAGCGGAAGGAGAGAGUUCGUGAUAGUGAUGAUGAGAAGAGCGAUGAUGAGUGGUAG